GAAUGUAAGUAGACCAAAGAAUCGAAAAAACCUUGGAAGUUGCUCUCACAAUGGAAAUGGAUACCUAUAGCCAGCAACAUAAUAUUGCUCCUGACACUCUUCCAUUUGCAAGGAGCUAUCAACUUGAAGCCUUGGAAAAAGCAAUCCGUGAAAAUACCAUAGUGUACUUGGAGACUGGUUCAGGGAAGACUUUGAUAGCCAUCAUGCUUCUUCGCAGCUAUGCUUAUCAUCUGCGAAAGCCUUCUCAUUUCAUUGCAGUGUUCUUGGUUCCUAAAGUUGUCUUGGUCAAACAACAAGCUGAAGCCUUGAAAAUGCACACUGAUUUAAAAGUGGGAAUGUAUUGGGGAGGGAUGAGAUUUGACUACUGGAAUGCUGAUAUGUGGAAACAACAAACAGAGAAACACGAGGUGCUUGUCAUGACUCCCACGAUAUUGCUUAAUAGCUUGAGACAUGGCUUUCUCGAACUGAAAAUGAUAAAGGUUUUAAUAAUGGACGAAUGCCAUCAUGCUAGGGGUAGAGACGCUUACGCUUGCAUCAUGACUGAGUUUUAUCAUCCCCAAUUAAAACGUGGUAUCUCUGACCUCCCUCGAAUUUUAGGGAUGACUGCAGCUCCAGUUAAGUCAAAAGUUGGAAAUUCUGAAUGGACCUUAUCAAAAAAUAUUCAGAAACUAACGACUCUAAUGCAUUCAAAGGUAUAUACAUGUGUAAGUGAAGCUGUCAUCGCGGAGUUCAUAACAAUCUCAACCCCGAAAUUCAAGUUUUAUAAGGAAAAUGGAAUCCAAUUUAUAUUAUUUGAAGAAAUAGCAGUUAAACUCAAGAUGUUAAAACAGCAGCAUGAACUCUCUCUCGGAAGUUCAAAUUUCACCAAAUCAGCUGCUGAGUUUGCACACAGAAGAAUAACAAAGAUUUUUUCUGGUUUAAUGUUUUGCUUGGAUGAGCUUGGUAUUUGGAUGGCUUUGAAGGCUGCAGAGUCCUUACCUUCGAAUGAAAUUGAAUCACUUUCAUGGGGUAAAUUGGGGGAUAAGGUUGUUAAAAAAUUUAGCUGGGAUACUGUGCUGACACUGACAACUUACUUGCCAUCUGAUCCUCAAUGGUCUAUUGGUGACAACAGUAAAUCCGAUGUGGAUAUGGGGCUGUUAACCUCCAAAGUUUACUGUCUUAUUGACUCUCUACUUGAGUACAGGGGUUUGACUGAUAUGAGAUGCAUAGUUUUUGUGGAAAGGGUAAUUACAGCCAUAGUCCUUCAGGCACUAUUGAAUGCCUUGAUUCCAAAAUACAAUAGCUGGAAGACUAAAUUCAUUGCAGGAAACAAUUUUGGAUUGCAAAAUCAAUCAAGGAAAAAGCAAAAUGAAAUUGUGAAAGAAUUUCGUAUGGGAUUGGUCAACAUCAUUGUUGCAACAUCGAUUCUUGAAGAGGGUUUAGAUGUUCAAAAUUGCAAUGUGGUUAUUAGAUUUGACUCACCUCCCACAGUUUGCAGUUUCAUACAGUCCCGAGGCCAUGCCAGAAUGCAAAAUUCAGAUUACAUACUAAUGGUUAAGUGUGGGGAUUCAGUUAAACAUUCUCGGCUAGAGAAAUACCUUGCUAGUGGGGAUAUUAUGAGGAAGGAGUCAUUGCGUCAUUCUUCCUUUCCAUCCAAUCCUUUUGAAAGUGAUCAAUUUCAUGAGGAAGCUUAUCGUGUUACAAGCACCGGAGCCAUUGUCAAUCUUAGUUCUAGCAUCGGUUUGAUAUAUUUGUAUUGUUCACGGCUCCCUGCAGAUGGGUACUUUAAACCAACUCCAAGGUGGGACAAAGAGACUGGAACAUUGUAUCUUCCCAAGAGCUGCCCUCUACAUCCUAUUCAUGUACAAGGUGACCAAAAAGUCUUAAAGAAUAUUGCAUGCCUUGAAGCAUGCAAACAACUUCAUAAGAUUGGAGCUUUGACAGAUAAUCUUGUUCCUGAUAUUGUCGUAGAAGAGGCAGAGGUGGAGGAAUUUGGGAAUGAACCUUACAAUGAGGAGCAACCAAGUUAUGUACCCUUUGAAUUGGUGAAUUGCUUCACAAACAAUUGCAACACAAUCUACUAUGGUUAUUUAAUGGAAUUAAAAGAAGAUGUUUGCCAUCAUACCUCUGUUCAAGACAUUCUUCUUGCAGUGAGAAUUGAGCUUGAUCCAGAAAUUGGAUGCAUGCAAUUUGGCAUGUGUUUUGACAGAGGUAGCUUGUCAGUAAACUUGAGAUACAAAGGAAUCAUUAAUCUUUCCCCAGAUCAGGUUCUUUUGUGCAAAAGAUUUCAGGUUACUAUCCUCAGAAUUCUUGCAGAUCGUAAGUUGGCAACUGCUUUAGAGAAACACAUUUUUGAAGAUGAUCUUGAGAUUGAUUAUCUUCUACUUCCAGCUACUGCUAUAGAGCAAAAACCAGAUGUUGAUUGGUUAUGUAUUAAUUCUGUAAAUCCAUCUAACAUUAAGUGUGAGGAUCAUGCACCCAAUAUAUGGGCCAAAAAUGGUCUAGUUUGCACUUGCAUGCUGAAAAAUGCUUUGGUUUGUACUCCUCAUAAUGGUAAUAUUUAUAUCACCACUGGUAUAAUGGAAUUGGAUGGAAACUCGCCCCUGGAAGUAAGGGAUGGUGAAGUUACUACAUACAAGAAGCACUUUGAACGGGAGCAUGGCAUUCAAUUGCAUUUUGAACACCAACUGCUACUUAAAGCAAGAGACAUUUUUCAAGUUAAAAAUCACAGUCUCGGGUGCAGACAAGAGAAGGACAGAGAAGCAAGCAAGAUCUUUGCUGAAUUACCUCCUGAAAUAUGCUCUGUCAUCCUUUCACCAAUAUCAGAUAGUACCAUUUAUUCCUUUUCGUUUAUUCCGUCAAUAAUGCAUAGAAUUGAGUCAUUGCUGGGAGCUUCCAACUUCAAAAAGAUGCAUUUGGAUCAUUGUAGAUGGAAUGAGAUUCCAACAACCAAGGUCUUGGAAGCAAUUACUACAAAGAGAUGCGAAGAGACCUUUCAUUAUGAGUCUCUACAAACUCUUGGAGAUUCAUUUUUAAAAUAUGCUACCGGUCAACAACUUUUUCAAACAUAUCAGAAUCACCAAGAAGGUCUCCUUACUGUAAAGAGGGAAAAGAUCACUUCUAAUGCUGCCCUCUGUAAGUUUGGGUGCAGUUGCAGACUUCCGGGCUUCAUACGAAAUGCGCCUUUUAAUCCUAAAACUUGGACCAUUCCUGGUGAUAAAUCUGGAAGUUUAAAAUUAGAAGAGUUGGCUUCCAAAGAGAGAAAAAUAUAUGUUGGCGGAAAAAGAAAAUUAAAACGGAAGAUUGUUGCUGAUAUUGUUGGGGCACUAAUUGGUGCUUUCCUUAGCACUGGUGGUGAAAAAGCUGCAUUGUUGUUUAUGGAUUGGAUUGGUAUUAAAGUGAGUUUUAAUAUUAUACCUACUGAGAGGAACUUUAAUGUUAAUCCAGAGAAUCUGAUAAAUGUCAGCUUUCUAGAAUCUCUAUUAAAGUACUCAUUCCGUGACGGUUCUCUUUUAGUGGAAGCUCUGACCCAUGGUUCUUACAUGCUGCCUGAAGUUCCUAGAUGUUAUCAGCGACUAGAAUUUCUUGGAGAUUCAGUAUUGGAUUAUCUCAUUACUAUGCAUAUGUACGAUAAAUAUCCUGGCUUGUCAUCCGAGCAGUUAACUGACAUGAGGGCAGCUUCUGUAAAUAAUGAUUGUUAUGCACGGUCUGCCCUUAAGGCUGGGUUGCAAAGACACAUACUCCAUGCCUCACUGGAACUACAUAAGCAUAUUACUGCCACACUUAAUGCUUUUGAAAAGUUAUCUUCAUCAUCAACUUUCGGAUGGGAGUUAGAGGCACCAUUCCCCAAGGUACUUGGAGACAUUAUAGAGUCUCUGGCUGGAGCAAUUCUUGUUGAUUCAGGAUACAAUAAGGAGGUUGUGUGGCAAAGCAUAAGGCCUCUUUUGGAACCCCUUGUCACACCUUCAACAUUGAAGGCGCACCCCGUGAAAGAGUUAACCGAAAUUUGCCAAAAGAGAAAUUAUAUUAUGGAAAAACCUAAGGUGUCUUGCAGUGGUGGUGUUACAAAUUAUAGAAUCGAGGUACAAGCUAAUGGGGUCUUACACCAGUAUGAGUAUAUUGGUUCUGCUGAUAAGAAAACAGCCAAGAAGAUAGCAUGCAUGGAAAUUUUGAAGUCCUUGCAAUAAACACAUAGCCACUGAUGUACGUGCCUUGUGUAUAUUUGAAUCAUUUGUUGGGAAUUGUAA